AUGCCUCACAAACAUACCCGCAGAGAUAAGGAUGAUUCCACAUACGACCUGCCACCGACUCAGAUAGCCAGGCCGCUCCCCGUCGUUGCGCCCAAGCUAGCGAGGCAAGCGCUCAAGUCAGGUGGAAACAAGGCCAGAGGGAAGCAGAACGCCAACGAUGCCAGCAAAGACAAGGAACCAGACGCACCCCGUGGUGCCAAGCGCAAACGAGGUGCUGCCGACAAGAAGGACGAUGCGCCUCGUGCCUUCAAACGGCUGAUGGCAUUUGCGAACGGCAAGAAGCUCAGGAGCGGCCUCGACGACGGAGUCAGAGAUACGGCAGCAAAGAAGAAGAAGAAGAGCAAGGUGCCUGAGGGCGACGUCGCCGUGGAGACGGACAAUGUUCAGGAGGAAGCGCCUACGAUUCGGCCGGGCGAGAAGCUGUCCGACUUCGCAAGGCGUGUGGAUGCCGCCCUGCCAGUCAUGGGCCUGGUGAACAAGUCCGGCAAGAAGGAUCCCUUGGGGCUCAAGGCCCAGAGGACCCGCAAGGAGAAGAAAAUGCACAAGCUCUACGACGAGUGGCGGCGCGAGGAAGCGGCCAUCCAAGAGAAGAGGAGAGAAGAGGCCGAGGAAGCCGAGGAGGCCGAGAUGGACGACGAAGGAGCGGGCGUCAAGUGGAAGUUGGACCUUCAGGACCAGGCCGGCAAGGGAAAGAAGAAGAAAGGGAAGAAGCGCCGCUCAGUUUGGGAGUCUACUGACGUGGACGACGAAGACCCGUGGGAGGAAUUGAAGAAGAAGCGAGGGGAGAAGAAAGUUGGACUGCACGAUUUCGCAAAGGCUCCGCCUGAGCUGAAGACCAAGCCAAAGGAGCUGUUCAAGGUUCGCGGUGCCGGGGUUGAUGUUGGGACAAUACCCAAGGCAGCGGGAAGUCUGAAGAGAAGAGAAGAGCUUCAGGGCGUCAGAGAGGAGGUAGUGGCUGCAUACAGAAAGAUGAUGCAGGGCAGAAGGGAAAGGCUGGAAGCGCAGAUGGAAUGA